AUGGAGUCUCCGUCGCAGCUCGCUUCCCAGCCGCGGCGGCCCGACAAUACUUGCAAACGCGUCUCCCGAGCUUGUCUGCAUUGCCGACAGCGCAAAUCACGAUGUGACCUCGAUAGCAACGGAAAUCCGGGGAAACCGCCAUGUCAACGCUGUGUUCGGGAAAAUCGAGAAUGUGUGCUUGGGGGCUCUAAUCGCGGAGGACGACGAAUCCGCAAGAACAAAAUCAAGAAUUUUACCCCCGCGACAAAUCCGUCGCCAAGGAAAGACUCAGAAGAAACCGCCAGCCCUACGAGUUCCGAUGCUCGUCGCGCCCCGUCGGUGUCCUAUCCCGGGCCUGUGGUUUUUCUCCCGCCAAACCCACAGGCAACGGUUUCUGUCGUUGUAGAAGAUGAAGACGCCUCGAUUGACUCGGUGCCGCGCAACCCAUCUGACGCAUGGCAGUGUCUCACAGGUAUCGCCGCUCAAACUGCGAUUGUACCGACGGAAAGACGAGGUCAUGCUCAGUCGGAGUCCGGUAGCUUCUCAGCACACAACGGCUUGCGCAAUGGCAUCGUUUCAGAGUUUAAUGCCCCAAGCACUGGCAUCAGAGCGUAUCGACUUGUCCAGUCGCGAGCUUUAGAUCCGACAACUGUGUGGCAGCUGGUUUCUCGCUAUGCUGAAAAUUUUCAUCCAUAUCUUCCUCUGGUUCCUAGAAAAUACUUUGAGCGCUCUGCGCUAGAUGAUUUUGCGACCAAUGAGAGACAUCUCCUUACUGCUAUUAUCACAAUUGCAUCAAAGGAUUUACUUGAUCGGCCAGAGAUUCACGAAUGCUGUUCAAAAUACAUGCUUGAGCUGAUCUCGGCCAUCUCAGCCGGUGCUGAAUGCGAUGUGGAUGCUAUUGAGGCUCUUCUUUUGCUCGCUGAAUGGGAACCUCAUGGCCUAAGAUCUCGCAUUGAGCGCGUGGGCCGUGGAGAGGAGGACCGUGCCGCGUGGAUGCAUGUUGGUUUAGCCCUCCGCUCGGGUUACUUUAUCGGACUUGAUCGUACAUCAUUCCGAGGCGACCCAUAUGGUGAUCAGGCUACUGAAGCUCGGCGACGUUUAGCGUGGGCGAGCUGCUAUGUCUCCGAUCGUCUGAUAUCCGUGCGCAUUGGACGAGCAUUCUGGUCCCGUGGUCCCGGCCCCAUGACUGGUCUUGUCAGCCAGGAUUUUCCUUCGCUGCAGCCAGUCAACGAAGGCGAUGAAGAUUAUUCAAAAAUAUUUCAGGCCAUGCUGGAUCUUACACAGCUGUAUGGGAAUGUGCAUGAAGUAUUAUAUUCUGGAAUGCGGACAAGCAAUCAGAUGAUGCUGAUGGGAGAUUAUGUCAAAUAUGUCGAUGACUUUCGCUUAGCCAUCUUGAGAUGGAAGUCUCUAUGGGGUCCUUUGGAUUGUUCGGCGCCCAUGCGAGCUACGCUGCAGCUAUCAUACGAGUACUUACGACUUUACACAACCGCAUUUGCAUUUCAAGCUGCUAUCUCCCAAUCUCUAGUUAAGCCCAAAGCGGAUGGCGCUUCUCAUCGAGAUCAACUGCGAACUACAUUCAAGAAUGUCGCGUCGAUGCAGGAUUCUCGGUUCAUCUACGAGUCUGUCGACGCAGCGAAAGCUUACCUGACUAUCUUGGUUGACUCGGUAGAUCCAGAGAGGCAUUUACAUUUCAUGCCGCUUCGCUUCUAUCUCUAUGGGAUCUAUUCUGCAGUCUUCCUCUACAAGGCCCGUUCAUUUGGAAUGAUGGUCUCUUCCGAAGAAGCCAAAGUCCAGGGUCUAGUUGCUCGAACCACCGAAGUCCUCAAACACGCAAGUGCAGGCCCCGAUGAUAUCGGAUCACGCUAUGCUCGCCUCCUUGAACUUCUCUGGAAAUCCAAGCCAUCUAAUAUGGCACCAGCUGCAGCCGAAACACCACAAAACACAGACUUUGCAAUGCAAACUGCAUUGACCAACCCUGUAUCGGAUCCCUCUUACAUGGAUUUCAGCCCUGCCAACGAUUUCUCCUGGUUAGAUUUGGAGGCUGUGGGUGACUAUGUUUCCGGCGACCCCGUAUCCGGCGGUCUAUUGGGCCUGGAUGCCUUCCAGAAUCCAGCCGACCCAUACCAGUCCGGACAGGACCGAUCACAGAAUUGGCAAGCAUCAGCUUGGCUUGGCGAUAUGAGCAGUAAUCUUCUAUUCUAG